AUGCCCCAGUCUGUUCCAACUUCUCACCGGUCUCUGCUACCGCAGGCACUACAGGGGGAUCCCAUUGGAGCAAGCGCACGCACACCAGUUGUGGCCACCUUAUCCCUCCCCAGCCUGACUGAGAAAUCGGCCCCAGACAGACAAGAGGAGAUCAGCCGCCUGAUGAAGAAUGCCAGCUACAAUCUAGAUCCCUACAUCCAGGAAUUUGGGAUCAAGGUGAAGGAUGACAUGACGGAGGUGACGGGGCGAGUGCUGCCGGCGCCCAUCUUGCAGUACGGCGGCCGGAACCGGGCCAUUGCCACACCCAAUCAGGGUGUCUGGGACAUGCAGGGGAAACAGUUCUACAAUGGGAUUGAGAUCAAAGUCUGGGCCAUUGCCUGCUUCGCACGCCAAAAACAGUGUCGAGAAGAAGUGCUCAAGAACUUCACAGACCAGCUGCGGAAGAUUUCCAAGGAUGCAGGGAUGCCCAUCCAGGGCCAGCCUUGCUUCUGCAAAUAUGCGCAGGGGGCAGACAGCGUGGAGCCCAUGUUCCGGCAUCUCAAGAACACCUACUCAGGGCUGCAGCUCAUUAUCGUCAUCCUGCCAGGGAAGACGCCAGUGUAUGCUGAAGUGAAACGUGUUGGAGAUACAGUCUUGGGAAUGGCUACACAGUGUGUGCAAGUGAAGAAUGUGGUCAAGACCUCGCCUCAGACUCUGUCCAACCUUUGCCUGAAGGUCAAUGUCAAACUUGGUGGCAUUAACAACAUCCUAGUUCCACACCAACGCUCUGCUGUCUUUCAACAACCAGUGAUAUUCCUGGGAGCAGAUGUUACACACCCCCCAGCAGGGGAUGGGAAAAAACCUUCUAUCACAGCAGUGGUAGGCAGUAUGGAUGCCCACCCCAGCCGUUACUGUACUACUGUGAGGGUGCAGCGACCACGGCAGGAGAUCAUUGAAGACUUAUCCUACAUGGUACGUGAGCUGCUCAUCCAGUUCUACAAGUCCACCCGCUUCAAGCCUACCCACAUCAUCUUCUACCGAGAUGGGGUUCCUGAAGGCCAGCUCCCCCAGAUCCUCCACUAUGAGCUGCUGGCCAUUCGUGAUGCCUGCAUCAAACUGGAAAAGGACUACCAGCCUGGGAUCACUUAUAUUGUGGUGCAGAAACGCCAUCACACCCGCCUUUUUUGUGCUGACAAGAAUGAGCAAAUUGGGAAGAGUGGUAACAUCCCAGCUGGGACCACUGUGGACACCAACAUCACCCACCCAUUUGAGUUUGACUUCUAUCUGUGCAGCCACGCAGGCAUCCAGGGCACCAGCCGACCAUCCCAUUACUAUGUCCUUUGGGAUGACAACCGUUUCACAGCGGAUGAGCUUCAGAUCUUGACGUACCAGCUGUGCCACACUUAUGUACGAUGCACACGCUCCGUCUCAAUGCCAGCACCUGCCUACUAUGCCUGCUUGGUGGCUUUCCGGGCACGAUACCACCUAGUGGACGAGGAGCAUGACAGUGGAGAGGGGAGCCACAUAUCGGGGCAGAGCAAUGGGCGGGACCCCCAGGCCCUGGCCAAAGCCGUGCAGGUUCACCAGGAUACUCUGCGCACCAUGUACUUCGCUUGAAGGCAGAACGCUGUUACCUCACUGGAUAGAAGAAAGCUUUCCAAGCCCCAAGAGCUGUGCCGCCCAAAU